AUGGAAAAGUUCCCCGACUUCGUCGAUACGCCUCUGGACGAGUCUCCCGCGGAGAGCCCUCUAAACCCUCCGGGCUGGGCAAACGGCGCGCCCCCUCGUCCCUCAGAUCGAUGGCUACCUGUCUCGAGGCAAGAUAACGGCUGGGCAACAGCGUCUCGAGGGCAUGGUCGCCAAAAGAGUCUUACAGAUGCCAUUCGUACAAUAAGAGGUCGCAAUGGCAGUGUUAGUCAGAACGCCCACGAGAUCGCCGAUGCUCUGCGAGCCCCUGUCUCCCCGAAACUCAUUAUUCUGUGCCUGUUGUGGUACGCUUCGUCUGCGCUCACAAACACCUCUUCAAAGUCCAUCCUGAUAGCCUUUGACAAACCUGCGACUUUAACGUUGGUCCAGUUCGCUUUCGUAUCGUCGCUAUGUAUGUUGAUGGCAUGGAUGGCGACCUUGUUCCCCAUCUUGCGAACAAAGAUCACAGCUCUUAAGCACCCAAUUCGAAAGCCUACCCGCGACGUUAUCAGAACGACCCUUCCACUUGCGGCAUUCCAGAUCGGAGGCCACCUCCUCAGUUCGACAGCAACCUCCAAGAUCCCUGUAUCACUUGUUCAUACGAUCAAGGGUCUUUCGCCCCUCUUUACCGUCUUCGCUUACAGAUUCGUGUACGACAUUCGGUACCCGAGAACUACAUACUUGUCUCUGAUCCCUCUGACGCUUGGUGUUAUGCUGGCCUGCUCUGGCAAGACCACCUAUGGUGGAGAGCUCAUCGGGGUUAUCCAUGCUCUCCUAGCUACCGUCAUCUUUGUCACGCAAAACAUCUUCUCUAAGAAGCUGUUCAAUGAGGCUGCUAAGGCUGAAGCUGAGUCGCCGCAUUCGCCGCCAAAGAAGUUAGACAAGCUCAAUCUGCUUUGCUACUCUUCCGGCAUGGCCUUCAUUCUUACCCUGCCUAUAUGGUUCUGGUCAGAGGGGUUCACUCUCCUCAUGAACUUCUAUCGAGAGGGUUCAGUUGACUUGAAUGAGCAGCCUAACUCGAUGGAUCAUGGACGACUCACUCUUGAAUUCAUCUUCAAUGGCGUUUUCCAUUUUGCCCAGAACAUUCUCGCUUUUAUCCUUCUCUCCAUUGUCUCUCCUGUUACCUACUCAGUCGCCAGUCUGAUCAAGCGUGUAUUCGUUAUUGUCCUGGCCCUCGUCUGGUUCAGGAGUCCCACAACGCCCAUUCAAGGUGCAGGCAUUGCUCUCACUUUCUUGGGUCUGUACCUUUAUGACCGAACAAAAUCGGGCAAUAAGGCCGAUCAAAAGGCGCAGUCAAUGCAAAACAAGAGAUCAUCCAUUCUACCCAUCACUAGCAACGGGUUGCGGCCUACGCCCAUCAUGGAAUCUCCUCAAAGUACGGAGCUCAACCCUUAUCACCAGGGUUACUUUGGUCGCCCGACUGCAGCUGAAGAUUCUAAGAAGACUGAUGAUGGCGGUGCCCGCACUCGUACCCCAGGUGCUGCGAAUGGAGGUUGGCUCCCUCCAGGUACCAAGCAGGAAGAUACAUGGCAUCCUGGUGAUCGUGUUGCCGGUGUCUAA